CGCAGCAGGCGGCCAUGUUGGAGCGGCGGAGGCGGCGCAGAGGUGCGUCCUGGGUCCCCGCGGCGGCGCCGGUGCCAAGUGCUGAUUUGUGGAUACUAAGGCAGAUUCUCAGUGCCUAAUGCCAUGAGCAUGGUAGUGCAGCAUGUGGAGGAGAAAGCUGUGCACUCCUGGUCACGCAUCUCCACGGCAGGGAAGAAAGCCCUGGAAGAGGCGCUGCUUGUGUUUAAUCCCAUGAGCCAGGAUCUCAGUGCCACAGAGGCCCAGCUUGUGGCCUUCCUACAGGGCCUACGAGACGAUGGUUUCCAACCGACCAUUCUGCGAAGUGGUGAUGUCUAUGGCUAUAGUUCAUGCACAGCCAACCCCCCCAGCCAGACAAAGUUACAAGCUCGUGCCACCAACCCAUCUGCCACAGCACUUCCAGCCAGGGGUCCUCAGACUGCUGUGCCGCUUCCUGCAAGCCAGGCCACACUGCUGCCUGUGCCACUGUCUGGCAGAUUGGCUAAAGGAUCCACACCAGCCCUGGCCAAGCAUGCUACCACUAACCUGCUGCUGAGCUCCCUGAAGCAGUCCAAUGCCAGCCACACCAGUGGUACCACAGUCGGUUUCCCUGCCCACCUCUAUCCAGGUGUCUACCCUGCCAUGCGGCUCUCUGUGGUCCUUGAAGCACUGGUCCCACUCAAGACUCCUUGCUUGGGGGAUAAACACAGGGCACAGUCUCUGCAGCCGUCACUCGCAAACUCUUCCCUAAAACUGAAGAAAAGUUCGGGGAACCCACAGUCCAAAGCAUCCAGAAAACUCACAAGCAAGGGCCUCAAAUGCCUGAGUAAGAAACGUCCUGGGGCUGCUCAGCGAGGUGCUGGGACCCAGAGCAGUGGCCUACGCAUGAAAGGGUGCUCUGCCUCGGGCACCAAAACAGUUCAGGCCAAGGCAUCUCGAACACUGACCAAAGCUGCUCGUGCCCAUGCCAGUCUAGCUCAAACCCAGAACAAGACAGCAAGGGCCAAGGCAGCAAAGGCCAAGCCCAAGUCCAGGGCAGCCAGAGCCAAAGCCAAGGCCACUGUGGUAAGGGACAAGGCCAAAGCCAAGGUAGUCAAGGCCAAGGCCAAAGCAGCUCGGACCAAGCACAAGAGAAGGCCAAAGGGAUCUGUCCAUACCAGAACUGGAAGGGCAAGCCUGAAAAAUUGCCCUGAAACUGUGGGGAAGAAGAGGAAGAAGGCUGAGGAGGCAAAGGGUCUCCCUCCUAAGAAGAGAGCACGGCUUGUGCUCCGAUCCCCUAAGGCAUGGCUGGUGCCUGGAAAGAAACCUAACAAGUCCCAGACUAUAAAGGUAGACAGGAAAUGCUCAGAUGAUGAGGUUCGACAGUGGGCCCAGCAGAUCCUCCGUGUGAACCUCUCUCCAGUAGUGUGGCUCCAGCCAUUGCUACCAUCUUGAUUCCAUACUCAACAUCCUGAGCUGUCCGUGUGACCAGCAGCACAGUGUGCCCUGCUCGUGGACUCUGCAGCUCCCUGGACUCUGGGUACCUCCCGAGCCCUUGUGGUCACCAACCUCCUUUCAGAAACUGAGGAUUUGGGAAGGGUGGGUGCGGGAGGGGUGUUCUCAUGGCUCAGUGCACUGUGACUUGUUCCUCGAGUUGUAUGUCCGAUGUUCAUCUAUCAUGUUUUAUACCUUUCCACCUUGCGGUCUCCCUGCUAACCCUCCAUGCUCUCAUUGAUGAUUGAUUUUUCUGUGUGGGGGCUGCUGGUAGGAGCCCACCAGAAGUAGCCCUGGGAAUAGGCUUGCAGAGAGUACCCUGGCAGGUUGAAUGAAGCAGGCCAUCGGUUUGAAUGAUAGGGUGAUAUGGAAGGACAAAGCUCCCAGGCUUCUGGAGAGAUGUGGGGAAAUUCAGGUGCUGGCUUCUGUUCUGUUGAUGUCUGAGAGAGAUCCUGAGGGCGGGGCAGAGCCACAACGAAGUAGGGAACUCACCUUGAGUGUCCCAGUUUUGAACCAGAUGGGCCCCAUUCAAGAUGGGGAGCCACUCUGGCAAACCCCGCAGCUGCAGGGUUUUAGGCCAGGGAAAGAAGCCUUUGCAGUACUGCUCUCUAGAGGCCAAGCUUUAGGGCUUUGCUUGGGCUUGUCUGGGGGGAGGGAACAGGCUUAAGAGGUGUGAGGUGCUGCUUCUCUGCUGAAUGUGACUAGCCUCAGUUUCCCCAGAGGCUGGGCUUCGAAUCUGGGCCACUAAACCUGCCCUUACUGUCCAAAAAUUUUCGCUGUAAUAACUGGUAGUGGAUACAGGAAGGCGUCUACCUGUACCUCAGCAAUGCUUUCUGAAUGGAUUCCACAUGCUCCAUCUUCCUCAGAGGUCCAGCCUGACCGUCCCCUAACAUAGCCUGUGCUUUGGACAUUGUUGUUACCUUCUGCUUUGGAGAAGAGGCUGGGUCAUCUGUCAUCCACUGUCCACUGCUAGCCACGCAGGCUGGAGGAAGGUAGUGGUUGGGAGGUAGGGAAUGUGCAGUCCCUGCACUUGGGAAUUUGAGUAUGAGUUUGAGGUCAGCAUCAGCUAGGCCCCCCCCCAACCUCUCUCUUUAUUUUGUUUUUUCGAGAUAGGGUGUCUCUGUGUAGCCCUGGCUGUGCUGAAACUCUCUUUGUAGAUCAUGCUAGCUUCGAACUCAGACAUCCACCGGCUGGGAAUACAGGUGUGUGCCACCAGAUCAAGCCAGGGCACUGGAGAGAUGGCUUAGUGGUUAAGAGGACUUAAUUGCUUUCCAGAGGACCUGAAUUUGGUGCCCACAAAAAGGCAGCUCACAAAACACUCCAGGGGAUCCCACAUCCUCUUGCUUCCGUGGUCAGAGGCAGGCAGAAAGAAACAUAUAUACAAAUCAAUCUUUUUUUUUUUUUUAAAGGCUCAACUGGAUAAAACAUCAACUCUUUGGGAAAAGGCUAUCUUGAGAAUCUUGAACUUUAGUGAUGUCGAUAAGCAAAGGAAUCGUGUGAAAUCCUUUAAAUAAAAACUUAACUGGCUAGGCUGGAGAGAUAGCUCAGUGUUUAAGAGCACUGGUUGCUCUUCCAUUAAGACCCAGGUUUAGUUAGGUAUACAUGCAGUGCAGACAUGUAUGCAGGUAACAUCCUUAUACACAUAGAAACAAAUGAGUUAUAAAACUUACUGUCUUUACAACAGCAGUAAGAACAAUAUUAAUAAUGAAUCAAUCCAGGGCUGGGAGAUGGCUUAGUUAGUAAAGUGCUUUCUGUGCAAGCAUGAGGACUAAGUUCGGAUCUCUAGAGCUCGAGUCAAAGCAGGUGUGUACCUGGACACCAACACUGAGUCGGGCAGAUCCAGCCAGUCUAACUAAAUUAGAAAAUCUGGGUUCAAUGAAAGACCAUAUCUUGAAAAACAAGCUCGAGGCUAGAGAGGUGGUUCCGAAGUUAAGAGCAUGUACUGUUCUCACACAGAGAACCUGAGUAGUUCUCAGCACUCGUUAGGUGUCUCACAGCCACCUGCAACUCUAGCUCCAGGGGAUCUGAUUCUCACUUCUGCCCUCCGUGGGUACCUACGUUCACACACACACUUAAAAAAUAUAAAUUGACCUCAGUUUCUCUCCUGCUGGGUGUGUUAGCACACAUCUUUAAUCCCAGCACUCGGGUGGCAGAGACUGAUGGGUCUCUGAGUGAAAGGCCAACCUGGUCUGCUUAACCAGGUCCAGGACAGCAGGGAUAUGUAAAGAAACUGUUGAAAAAAAAUCUCUUAGAGACCAGGUCUCUCACUAUGUAGCUUUGAGGGAUCUGGCACUGGCUAUGUAGACCAGGCUAGUCUUAACUAUAGAUCACCCGCUUUGGUCUCCCGAGUGCUGGGAUUAAAGGCAUGCACCACCGGCCAGUUAUUUAUAAACUAAAUACCGUUUCUUAAAAACACAUAAGAUUGGGAACUAGAGAGUUGUUAAGAGCAGUUGUUGCUGUUGCAGAGGACCAGGGUUACAUUCCCAGCAUCUACAGAGUACCUCACAAUGACUCCAGUUUGAGCAGAUUCUGCCCUCUUCUGGCCUCCAAGGGCACUGCAUGGGCAUGUUAUACAGCCAUACAUGCAGGCAAAAUAAAAAUAUAUAAAUCUUUAAAAAAAAUAAGAUGGAGACGCCAUUGAGGAAAACAUUCUAUCAUCAACCCUUGGCUUUCAUAUGCACCUGCAUAGGCAAGAAUGUCUGUAUGUCACACACACAGGAGAAAGCACGCUCAAGACCAAGCCAGAAAGGAGGAGGAAGAAAGGAGGCAUUCUAAGUUCUGGUGCAUGCGUGUAAUCCCAGAACUCGGGAGGCUGAAGCAAGAGAAUCUCAAGUUUGAGACCAGCCUGGACUACACAAAACUCUUGUCUCAGAAAAGAAAAAUCCUAAAGGGGUGGGAGUAGGGAAGGGAUCCUUGUGACAAAGUAUUCAUGAUACUGUCACCUCCCUUUCCACACACCAAGUGGGGCAGUUGUUCUACCCAGCCCUUUCUGCUUUGACCCAGGAACAAGACACUGAUGGUUUGGAGAAUAAAGGGAGAACAGCAGUCUGGUGAUCACCGUCUUUCUGGAUUCUGGGAGGUUCUUGGUGCUUUGGGGGACACAGGAUUUAUGCAGUGCAGCUGUCAGUCAUGCAGGUCACAGGCCUAGACCUGUACCAAGAGGAUUGCCCUACCAGUGCAGAAUGUAGGAAGGACAGAAUAUGGAAAGGACCAAGAGUGAGACUAGGCAGGGGCUGGCAGUUUACAAGACCAGGAGAAGGGCUUACCCCCAGGAGAUCUGAACCAUGGAAAAGAUUUGAGCAGGAAAGUGGAUUGUUUGGAAGGAAAGCCUAUGGACUCUGCUUAAAUGGCUCUGAGUGAGAGUUGGCAUUGUCUGCAAUGCCUUUUGAGAGAGAGGAGGUAAAGAUUCAGAAGAUACUAGGAAACAGAAACAGGGCCUGACUGAGCUGUGAGGAGGGGUGGCAGGCGUUGGUGAGUGAAGGUGGGCCUACUGAUCCCACCCGGCGCUCUCUACCCGCCUGCUAAAUUACGCUCCUGUGGCUGAUGAAGGUAGCACCUGAGCUGGGUCUUACAGGCCACAGCCAUACAUUUGCCAGAGUUCCCUUGCAGGCCUCGUGGGAACAAGACUUACCCCAACACUGUGGCUGAGACUCGAACUUGGGGGCAACCCAUAUGGUUCACUGACCACUAAGUGUGUCUUGAGCGGGCAAUGCCCCCACUGUCCCCAAAUCAUCGAUCAACACCUACAACCACCAUGCCUGGAAUGUAUGCUUUUUGAACUAGCAUCUGCAGUGGUAAGUUUUCAGGGCCAGCAGGUCUGAGGUUGAGGGCCUACCGUCUCCUUUAUCUGAAUGAUUUCCUUGCCCUGUCGGUCUUCCCAGGGUGUCACUGUACUGUGGAACAAUUAUCACUGAGAUAAAAGCAUCCACUUUGGAGGGAAGUUCCUUAAGACUUUGGAUGUUCUAAACUUUGGAAUCUAAAGGGAGGCAAAACAUUCCAUUCUCAGGGAGGUUCCUGAAGACACAGGAUGUUCUAAGGGGAAGUGAAACAUUCCAUCCUUCAGGGAGGCUUCUUAAGAUACAAGAUAUUCUGCCCUGCCAUGGUGGCACAUGCCUUUAAUCCCAGCAGAGACAAGGGGAUCUCUGUUUGAGACCAGCCUGGUCUACAGGGUGAGUUCCAGGACAGCAGGCUGUUACACCCAUAAAUCCUGUCUCAGAAAAACAACAAUAAAAGAGACACAAGAUAUUCUAAGGGGAAGUGAAACAGUCCAGUCUGCAGGAAAGCUCGUUAAGCUCAGGAAUUCAGGAAGUCCUUGAAGCUGAUAGGACUAACUAGGCCCCUUCCCCCUAAACAGAUAGUGGUAGUAAGGACUGCUUUGAGACCAUCCUAGACUAGUUAAGCUGACCAGCUAGACUCAGACUGACUAAGCUGUCUGAAAGAAACAGAUCUGUCAAAUCGCCUAGAAGUGGCAGAGACAAGCUGCCUGGAAAGAGGUUCAGGCUGAUCAACCUGUUGAAAAGCCUGCAGACUGUGCAUUAUGGUCCAGGCUUCCAGCUUUCAUGGUCUGUCACCCGUGCUGGGAUAGGCCUUGGUGAUACAGUUGUCUUCGGGUCAUUUCUGAUCCUGUAAGUAACCCCAAUAAAACGCAUUGCUUCACCAAGUUGGG